GUAUAGGGAUUUUCAUUUUAUUGGCAAAAUGCCAAAAGUCUUCCCCUUUCAUCGUCAACACGUUCAAUCAAAUCGGAAGUAAAACAUACUUACUCCCCUGCUUAUAUUUAGUGACAAUCAAUAGUGCUCCACCAUUUAAUUUUUUUAUUUUUUUUGUCAUAAUCCUCCAGUCAGAUUAUGAGUGGACUAACUUGUGUCAGCAGCAAUCAUGUUGUUAUUGUUUUCUUGUUCCGGUCAACCUAACCUGGCUAACACUAGCAUCAGUAGCACUGGUAGCAACUUGAGAGACAGACAACCCUUGUCAAAAUUAGUAGCAUUAGCAUUUCACGGUUAGGGCGUUUAUUUUACUGACUGCGGGCUGUCGUGAGGGUUUUUCACAGAGGUGGAUGUUUGGAAAACUGUGGGUGUGCAUCUUGUUCGCAUCCACCCUCCCAAUCCUGGCUACCUGUUUGACACUGGUCUGUAGCAGGGACCCUUCAAAUCAAGGGUCUCACCUAAGGCUCCAGAAUCCCUCUGUCACUGUGCGAAAACACUUGUGUUGAGUUCCCUGGAGGCCCCCAACUUGGCUAGCUAAGAUGUCCUCCAUCCUCCCGUUCACCCCUCCAGUGGUGAAGAGGUUGCUGGGUUGGAAGAAGUCAACCAAUAGCCAGGGAGGAGCAGGUGGCAGUGAGCAGAAUGGGCAGGAGGAUAAGUGGUGGGAAAAGGUUGUAAAGAGCUUGGUGAAGAAGUUAAGGAGGACAGGUCAGCUUGACGAGUUGGAGAAAGCGAUCACAACCCAAAACUGCAACACUAAGUGUGUCACCAUCCCCAGCAAUUGCUCUGAAAUAUGUGGGCUGAGUUCACCACAUACGAUAGAACAGUGGGAUACAUCGGGCCUGUACAGCUAUCCUGACCAAACCAGAUCCUUGGAUGGCCGCUUGCAGGUAUCUCACAGGAAGGGGCUUCCCCAUGUUAUCUACUGCCGAUUGUGGCGAUGGCCAGAUCUUCACAGCCAUCAUGAGCUGCGCGCUAUUGAGGCAUGUGAGUAUGCCUUUCAUCUCAAGAAGGACGAAGUCUGCAUCAACCCCUACCAUUACCAGAGGGUGGAGACCCCAGUGCUGCCUCCUGUUCUUGUGCCAAGACACUCAGAAAUCCUGCCAGAGCUCCCACCUCUUGAUGACUACACUCACUCCAUACCUGAGAACACAAACUUUCCUGCAGGAAUUGAACCUCCAAACAACUAUAUCCCCGAGACGCCUCCACCAGGCUACAUCAGUGAAGAUGGGGAGGCCAGCGAUCAACAGAUGAAUCAAAGUAUGGACACAGGUUCACCGGCAGAGCUUUCCCCCAGCACUCUGUCACCUGUCAAUCACAGCAUGGACCUGCAGCCUGUGACUUAUUCAGAGCCGGCCUUCUGGUGCUCUAUAGCCUACUACGAGCUGAACCAGCGCGUUGGGGAGACGUUUCAUGCCUCGCAACCCUCCCUGACAGUAGAUGGAUUUACAGAUCCAUCCAACUCAGAGCGGUUCUGCCUGGGCCUGCUUUCUAAUGUCAAUAGGAAUGCCACAGUUGAAAUGACCAGGAGGCACAUAGGAAGAGGAGUUAGACUUUAUUACAUUGGAGGCGAAGUGUUUGCAGAGUGUCUGAGUGAUAGUGCCAUCUUUGUCCAGAGUCCUAAUUGCAACCAGCGGUAUGGCUGGCAUCCAGCAACUGUGUGUAAAAUUCCUCCAGGUUGUAAUCUUAAAAUUUUCAACAACCAAGAAUUUGCAGCCUUGCUGGCUCAAUCGGUCAACCAGGGUUUUGAAGCUGUUUACCAGCUAACCAGGAUGUGCACCAUACGCAUGAGCUUUGUUAAAGGCUGGGGAGCUGAGUACAGGCGGCAGACUGUCACGAGCACUCCUUGUUGGAUAGAGCUUCAUUUAAAUGGUCCACUGCAGUGGCUGGACAAAGUUCUAACCCAGAUGGGUUCUCCAUCUGCACGAUGUUCCAGCAUGUCAUAAACGACUCAAGAAAAAAACUCAGCCUAUUACAAAGAUGAUUAAAUUCUAAACAUACGAGUCAACAAAUGAAAACCAUGGAGACCCAACAGAAUUAAUUUUCUGUAACAUGCCCAUAGUAUUGGAACCACAUCCUUCUUUGAACCUUAUACUAUCGCACUUGCAUAAUGUAUACACAAACACGCACACAUACACACAAAAGAUCAAAUGCACCUACAUACACAUUUACAAACUAAACAGUUAAGAAAAGAUUUGGCACUUUGUUACCCAUUUAUAUCAUGCACCUUGUUAAAUUGCUGUUUCCCAAAUCCUUAAUAUUAGAUCUAUUUGUGGUACAAAUAAAAUGUUUAUUGGUUUAAGUCCAGGGUGUAGGAGGAAAUACCAAAAAUAUCUGUGAAUAGUUUCUCAGUAUUGAGGAUUGCUUGUAUGAGUAAGAAAAGCCUAAAUGCUUAAACAUUUAUUUAGUUUCCAACCCCUACCUUCCCUGCAACGCCCACCCCCCAAACCAUUGUUCUGAACCUGUUUACUUUGGGGAAAAAACUUUCUUUUGUAAAGUGAAGGAAACUAUGUGAAAGAAUGAUGGCCUUGGUGGCUAUUGGCCACAAUUCUGUUGGGUUUUUUUAUGACAAUGUUGUCCCCCUUUGUAACUAAUGGGUCUUUAUAAGACAUGUAACACAACAGAAAAAUAGGAAUGUUGGUUUAAAUUAGAAAUCAAUAUUCCCUACCCCUUAAAAUCAACUUGGCUGAGGUUUAUUUCGUAACGGCAGCCUGGUUUAGAUCCCAAAGUGAUGUUGGCCAGGCUUUGACAGGAGUGCUGGGCAGGGACCAGAAAACAUAAUCUUAUAUGUCAGUCUUUUCUGUUUUCCUUUUCUUUUUGACACCACACUGGGGUCUCCAGGUGAGGCUUUAAAUGUGUCGCCAGGAGAAAUUGAAAAUAACAAAUCCCACGCCCCUUCAUUGUUUUGCUGUUUUGUUGUUGUAUUUUUCAAUAUUAUACAUGUUUGUGAAAUAUCUCUUUAGGACCACAUUAGCUUCCAAAGUGAAGGAUGGUGAUUUUUCCCUAUUUUCCCCCAUGGAAUGUUAAGUUUUUAAUCAAUUUCCAACAGAGUUUUUUGUCUUGGUCUAAAGAAAAACCACUGCUCCAUAUAAACCUGUAUGAAAUAUAAAAUGUGCUCCACAACACAUGUUUGUCUAUUUUAAAAGAAGGAGGGCUGUCACUUUUUAUCCAAAGUUAUAGAAACUUUUCCAGCCUAGAUAUACAAAUUUGGUCAGAGCUCUCAUAGAGCCACUUUUUGGCCAAAGAAUCAGCAAUUUACCGACAACAGCCUUGUCAAAUCAUGGUCAGCAACUUGGGUGAAGUGUCAACCAUUAUUGUUCAGUGCAGAACAUUGUUCUGCUGCCUUUCUUUGCUGCUCUACUGUUGCUUUGCAGUAAAUCAUUCCUCAGUGCCUGCACAUUUGGAGCAUUUCUUAUAUUUAAUCAGUCAUAUCAACACAUUGCUUUGGAAGAUACAUAAACAACACAAAAUAACUACAUGCAACUUCCAGGACUAGCAUGUCAUGUAAGCCACAAUUGAAAUUGAUUUUUGGAGAAAAAAUGACAGCCUUUGUGCAGUUUAAAACAGCAGAAUUAUCUCAAGCCCAAAAGUUCAACUUCCUGUAAUGGCAUAUAAAAACUACACAAUAGCUACUCAGUCAGUCAUCACUCUGCUUUUUCUUUUGUAUUUUUUUUUUUUCUUUUUUGUAAAAUCUUACAAGACCUCUAACAGCUAAGGUGCUCUGUCAAAACGGGUCAAUGUCUAAUUUUAAUUGGCCUAACAAAACAAUGUUACAGAAAACUAUGGAGGAGAGAGUUUUCUUUCAUGGGAACAAUGAAUGUGCCUGGACAUGGAUUUGGGCAUUCUGUGUUAUAUUGUGUGUAUUUUAUUUGUUCUAUCUAUAGAACAUGGUAUGUACAACAAGACCUAUUAACCUAAACUCUGCCAUUAUUGUCAUUACGUGGCUGUUGCAAGUUGAACAUGUUCCCUUUCCUCCCUCUCUUUUGAUGUAAAUGUGUUUACCUUAUGGCACUAGUGAUUGUACUUCAAGUGCACCUAGUGGUAUUUGGAUCUAAGGAGCCGAACCACGUGUUAGGGUCCAGUAUUACAUUUUUUUUAUCUUUGGCCUAAAACAUAUGAAUGUGAAAAAAAUAUACAUUAUAAAAACUGACGUGGACCAGACAAGCGUAUGCAUAAUAGUAGUACAGUAUGUGUGUAUUUAACUUUAUCUCUUUGCAAAGCUGUCAGUACAGUAGAUGUUGCAGUUGUUUUACCAGUAGAGGGCGGUAUUAAUAGAUUAGUUCCUUUUUUUCUGACCAUGAGCUUCUCAGGCGUGUGGCAUAUUAUGCAGACUUCAUAAAACACUAAUAAAGAUUUUUAUUCUCAUGAA